AUGGCGCGCUCCAAGGACUCGUUCCGGCUGUGCAGCGCCGUCCAAGUUGUGCUUCUUGUUCUGGCUUCUGUCGCUGCCAGCGCCGGCGCGAUCACGGCGCGUCCUCGCUGGCUUCUGCACGGAGGGGGGACACAUGCUGCAAAGUCUUUUCUGCCGAGUGGCACUCCGUCUGUCACUUUGUCACCCUCGGGGAGCUCUCCUUCUGUCUCCCCUGCUUCCCUCCCUCUUCCACACGUCCACGGGGGCGGACCGAAUCUGAGUGAGCGUGAAGAUUCUCGUUUCUCUCCUGCCUCUCCCGCUGCUGCCUCUUCCGCCUCUCGCUCUUCUCAGUCUCACAGCCGGUCUGCUCGCCUGCGCGCUGCGGCGGCAGCGGCCUCGCCUGGCGCCUCUGCGCCUUCUGGCGCCGCCCUGCCCGCGUCCCUGCAGCGGGGACCUUCUCUGGUCCAACUCCAGGGCACGCCUGCCUUCAGCGGACAGCUUGGCGCGGGCGUCGACCUCAUGCCUGACUCGGAAGAAGACAUCAGCGUCAUGCCCAACUGCAUGUUCUACUCUGCGUACUCCGGAAGCUGCAUCCCUGGAUCUUCUCACUCGCCGUGCAGAUACUGCCGAGCGAAACAGUUCACAGGUUUCUACGGCGCGGCGCAAUGCCCCUCCUUCAUGUCGUUCCCGCCGGAGCUGCAGGCGCUGUAUCGCUGGCGCAUCACGCCGGCGAAGCGGUCGCGCGUGAAAGGGUGGCAGGACGAGUUGAUCUGCGUCGUUGAGAAGACGCAAGUCGCUGAACAAGUGCAGCAGCAGAUGCACCAAAGCGCCAACGAGGCGGCGCUGCGAGCCGCGGCCGCCUUGGCCCCCGGGGUCCCUUCUCCCGCGCCCGGUCCGUCUCCGUUCUACAAUCCAUACUACAGGAACGCAGCCGCGACGCACGGGAGACUCGACGGCGGAGGCGUGGCGACGCUUCUGUGCUCCCUCGGUUCGCUUGUUGCAACUCUAGCGCUUACCGCUGCGUGA